UAAGCAGAAGUAACGCAACGUUGGUGCAUCAUGAAAAACAUUCCGUCUCCAUGUGUCAGAAAUAAUACAUUCAAUCGCUAUUUAACAUGCAGGGUUUUUUCGAAGUUGACAUUUCAUAAAGGCGACGGAAACAGCGAUGGACGCCGAGGCGGAUCUUCUGCCCAAAGUGGAGUUACACGCACUUCUCGAUGGUUCUGUCAGUUUUGACAGGAUGGAGACGCUUAUGAAGCGCGAGCCGCAUCUGAACAUCGAGCGUACAGCGCCGAUCACUGGACGAGUGUUUUCAAGUCUUUAAAGUGAUUCAUCAGCUGGUUGAUUCAGAAGAGGACAUACUAAUGGUAAUGGCUUACUCUUCGUUUUAAUAUCUUUCACCUUUAAGAAUAAAUGAAAAAGAGAAUUAUGAUUAUCAAACAGGUUGCCAAAACAAUGAUUCAAGAGUUUGCAGCAGAUGGCGUUAAAUAUUUGGAGUUGCAUAGCAUGCAGCGGGAAGUGACUGAAACAGGUCUCACUAAACAAAGAUACAUUGAAACUGUGCUCGAAGCCAUCCGGCAGUGUAAACAAGCGGAAGUUGACAUUGAUGUCAGGUUUCUCGUAGCCGUGGACCGCAGACAUGGGCCUGAGGUUGCUAUGGAUACAGUGAAGCUGGCAGAAGAUUUCCUGCUUUCCAGUGAUGGAAUAGUAGUUGGACUUGACCUUAGUGGAGACCCAACAGUCAGUCAUGGAAAAGAUUUGCUCUCUGCACUUGAAAAAGCCAAGAACUGCGGUCUGAAGUUGGUGCUACACCUCUCAGAGGUUCCUUCUCAGAGAGAUGAGUCUGAGCUGUUGUUGAACUUGCCUCCUGAUAGAAUCGGCCACAGAACCUUCCUACACCCUGAGAGCGGCGGGUCUGACAGUCUUGCGGAUAAACUUUGCAAACAAAAUAUUCCUAUUGAAAGCAUUUUGGUCUGCUGUGAACAGUUGCAGAAAUACAGCUGGGUCACCAAAUCUGACAAGGCAGCAUUACACCUAUUUAAUAAGGUAAGUGCAGAUCAGUUUAUGAUUGGUCGUUUGUUUUCAUUUCACAAUGUGGCAUUAAAGAAGACUACUACACGAAAUGAAUGGUAGUUUGAUCCGACAGCAUAUAUUUAAUCUAAUUAGCACAACAUACCAUCUGCUUAAUCAUAAAUCACAUUCUGUAUACUGCAUUCAAUGCACUGUUUUCCAGCUGGAUUGGAAGAUCAUUAUUAAAAUUAGCUACAUGUUGCAAGCUGCAACUGCACCCACGCCAUUCUUUAACUUCAGAAUUGCCCAGGGUGAUGAUUUGUUUUGAAACAACCUUGCAAAAUGAGCACCAAGCAGAGGUGUCUUGAGAACGCCUUGGCUGCCCUUUCAGGGUCCUUAAAGUCACUGUAGCAUGUAAUUGUGGCUGGAGUGCCAGCGAAAGAGAAUUGAAUGCUAGAAUGUAUUUGUGCAAACUGGGUUUUCAACAGUAAUAGAUGCUCCUUAAUAAAGGCUGAGCAAUUUUGUGCUCAAAAACUAUCCGGUUUUCACCCUGGAAAUUGACCUAGUGGUGUGAACAUGCGUAAAAUACUUCAAUUACUGGGAAAAACUUUAAAUUCACAUAUACUGAGUUUUGUGUUCAUGCAUGGCCCAGUUUAGUUCGCUCUUUUCCAUAUUUCUCUUUACUACAGAAACAGGGCUGUAGUGUUCUGAUUGGCUCAUCUGAGUAGUAUUUCAAUAUAAAUGUACCAAAUAAUCCAUGUAAGCUUUUCAGAGUGUGAAAUUUCAGAUUUUAUCUGAUGCUAUACUACAUGUAAGUAGGGUGAAUAACUUAUUGAUUGCUGCAAUAAUAUACUGUGACUGUAGUGGACAUGAUAAGUCAUAUCUCUUGUAAUUUACAUUAAAGUGGAUGAAAUACUCUUUUGAGUCUGAUUCUGAAUGAUUUUUGAGACUGAAUGAUUCACUCAUUCACAAAUUGGGUGACUGGUUAAUGUCAGUUUCUACAUAUACUGUACUAAUUUUGUACAUUACAUAAUGCACUAUGAAUGCACAAUUAACAAUAGUAUAUUAUAAAUUAAAUAUAUAUCUAAUGCAUUAACUAUGUUAAUGUAUAGAACAUAUAGAACUAUACUGUGAAAUAUUAUUACUGAAUUUAUUAAAUAAUAUUACCAAAAUGUACUUUUUUUAAGAGUUCCCUCGAAAAUGUUUUUUAGAUCUCUUUAGCCAUUUGCGUUUCUUCCAGGAUAUAAUAUAUUUGAAUACAUUAAAACAGAAACAAUCCUUUCUGUUGCCCAAAAUAGAUGAUCUUCCAGCAGCAAAACCCUGGAGUGUACUAGGAAUUCAUUUUCUCUGUGGAAAACCGCUCAAGCCCACGGCAUCUUCAUUGAAAGGAGCCGUCUGUGUCAUAUUUACAGAGUUUGAGCUGUUUGCUUUCUCUGAUAGACUCUGGAGCUGAACGCUACUUUUUUGUAAGAGCAAUUGUUACACACGACCUUGAUGAAAAAAAUAAAAGUAAAUGAAAAUGGACAGUUCUAUCUAUCUUAUUUCGUUCCAUCGUU